ACACACCUGAGAUGACAAGCUUCAUGCGUCCAUUUUGGCAGCAGAUUUCAUGAAGAUGACCGGGAUCAGCGGCCUUCAUGUAAAUAUCCCCCGGUGACGGCAGUUGAGAACAAAGAAGGAGCCUAUCUGACAAGACCCGUUGGUGCGACUUUAACAAGGUGCCUGUCCUUGAGAGAUUUGUCUUGUCAUCAAUCAGCGGUGGCCGUGGUGUCGCAGCGGUGAGAGAGAUUGAGAGUGAACCACACCAAGAGGAAUGAGAAAAAUCAAGAAAAAAGCAUUGGGUGUGGCUGGACUCUCGCCUUGGCUUCUAUGACUGAGUAGGAUACUCAUCUGGCAUGGAUAUAGGAUAGCUGCCCUCUUGUUUGGCUCACAUAAGGCUUGAUAUGAAGCAGAUGGCAAAUAUUUCUCUACAAGGACGAAUAUGGUUUACAAGAAAGUGGCGCGAAGGUUCCAACAAAGAUCAUUUUUACCCAAAUUUCUCGCUUUGUGGCGAGCCAAAUAAAAUACCCGUAGACUUGCGGCGGAUUCGGUUUCUCAUCAUUCUUCCUCCGAGCGACGAGGUGAAGGAUGCAAGGGCGAGCAUCUUUGAGAAAAGUGCGUGGCGGCGAGGUAGGAGAGCGGCACGAGGUGGAGUGGUGCUGCUGAAUUCUAAAGAGACUCAGGCAGAGCUGGGAUGGACCUCAUAUCCCCCCAAUGGGUGGGAAGAGAUAAGCGGCGUAGAUGAAAAGUACAAGCCCAUCCGGACCUACCAGGUGUGCAACGUGAUGGAACCGACCCAGCAAAACAACUGGCUUCAAACGGGCUGGGUGGCCCGUCGGGGUGGCCAGCGUAUCUUCGUGGAGCUCCAGUUUACCCUCCGCGACUGCAAUAGCAUUCCCGGCGUGGCGGGCACCUGCAAGGAGACGUUCAACCUCCUCUAUGUGGAAUCGGACCGGGAUCUCGGCGGCGUGACCAAGGAGGACCGCUACACCAAAAUCGACACCAUCGCUGCUGACGAGAGCUUCACGCAAGGCGAUUUGGGCGAGCGCAAGAUGAAGCUGAACACGGAGGUGCGGGAGAUCGGUCACCUCAACCGGAGAGGCUUCCACCUGGCUUUCCAGGACGUGGGCGCCUGCGUUGCCCUGGUGGCCGUGCGCGUGUACUACAAGCGCUGCCUGGCCACCGUCCAGAACCUGGCCAUUUUUCCCGACACGGUGGCCGAGGCGGCUUUUUCCACGCUGGUGGAAGUGCGCGGCAGCUGCGUCAACAACUCUGAGGUGGACGCCGACAGCCCUCCCAGAAUGCAUUGCAGCGCCGAAGGGGAAUGGCUGGUGCCCAUCGGGAAAUGCAGUUGCAGCGCCGGCUACGAGGAGGGACACAGCAGCUGUGAAGCAUGUCCCCCCGGAUCCUACAAGAUGUCCUCCAGGCAGCAAGAGUGCUUUCCUUGUCCCGCAAACAGUAUUUCCGAGGAUGAGGGCUCGGUGGCGUGCGUGUGCCAAGAGGAUCACUUCAGAACUCCGCUGGAUUCACCUUCCUCACCAUGCACAAGACCACCUUCCCCUCCUCGAGACUUGAUCUACACCGUCAAACAGUCCACCCUCAUCCUGGAUUGGGCCGCGCCAUCCGACACGGGCGGCAGGAUGGAUCUGACCUACAGCGUGACUUGCCGACGCUGCACCGCCAGGCUAUGCGAGCCCUGCGCCUCCAGUGUCGGUUUUGUGCCUCAGCAAGUCGGUCUGACGGAAAGAACGGUGACAGUGGUCAAUCUGCUUCCCAACACCAACUACACGUUCACAGUGGAGGCUUUGAACGGCGUGUCGGAGCUUCUACCCAACAAGCGCUUCUACACGCAGGUCAACGUGUCCACAAGCUUGCCUGCUUCAUCGCUGAUUAGUCAGCUACGAGCCGAGAAGAUUGAGGAAAAGAGCGUCACGUUGGUGUGGAGGCAACCUUCAUCCCCAAACAGAAGCAGGACGGAAUAUGAAGUCAAGUACUAUGAGAAGGAGCAAAAGGAUCAAAGUUAUUCCACUGUAAAGACGUCGGCCACGCGGAUCAGCGUCAACAACCUGAAAGCUGGAACCACCUACGUCUUCCUCAUCCGCCCUUUCACGACUCCGCCGCCCUCCUCGUCGCUGUCCUCCUCCCCUCUUUCAUCGUCUGCCUCCUCCUCUUCCUCUACUUAUCCCUCCUCCUCGUCAUCCUCCUCAUCGUCAUCUUCCCCAUCUCCAAUUGACUACGGAGCAUACAGCGCCCCCCUGGAACUGCAGACACUGGGCGAGUUGGCGCUGGCAUCCAGCGAACAAAGUCCUGUGGUGAUUAUCGCCAUCGUGUCUGUGGCGGCGCUCGUCAUGCUGCUUUCCAUGGGAGUGGGACUGCACAUCUGGAGGAGCAGCGUCUGCUCGAGCUCGUCCAAUGUAACUCCUGCUAGCGUGGUGCUGCUUUCGACAUCCUUCUCCACUCUUCCUCCUCCUCCUCCUCUUCUCUCUCCUCUUCCUCCCUUCACACAGCUGAUGCCCAGACAAUGCGGCUACAGCAAAGCCUCUCAAGAAGGAGAUGAAGAACUUUACUUCCAGUUCAAGAUUCCUACGCGGAGAACCUACAUCGACCCAGAGACAUGCGAAGAUCUUCUCCAAGCAAUCCAUGCUUUUGCCAAGGAGUUGGACAACUCCAGCAUCAAGAUUGAGAGAAUUGUUCACACAGGUGACUUUGGCGAGGUGUGUCGUGGCUGUCUGAAGCUGCCUAGCAAGCGAGAGCUGCCGGUGGCCAUCAAAACGUUACGAGCCGGUUGCUCGGAGAAACAGCGGCGCUCCUUCCUCAGCGAGGCUGGGAUCCUCGGGCAGUUUGACCAUUCCAACAUCAUCAGACUGGAGGGGGUCGUCACCAGCGGGAACACCAUGAUGAUCAUUGUGGAGAGCUUGACUAAUGGGGCCUUGGAUUCAUUCCUUAGGAAACACGAGGGUCAGUUGAGCGUAAUGCAGCUGAUGGAUAUGCUGACCGGCGUGGCAUCGGGGAUGAAGUACCUCGCCGAAAUGGGCUUUGUUCACAAACGCCUGGCUGCGCACAAGGUUCUGGUUAACGGCAACCUGGGCUGCAAAGUGUCUGGAUUCAGACCUCUUCAAGAGGACAAGAUAGAGGCUAUAUACACUACGCUGCAUGGCGGAAAGAGCGUAGUUCUGUGGACCGCUCCGGAAGCCAUUCAAUACCAUCGCUUCUCCUCGGCUUCCGACGUGUGGAGCUUUGGUAUCGUCAUGUGGGAGGUCAUGUCCUACGGGGAGAGACCCUACUGGGAUAUGGGCAACCAAGAUGUGAUCAAGGCCAUCGAGGACGGUUUCAGGCUGCCGGCGCCGGUCAACUGUCCGACGCAUUUGCAUCAGUUGAUGCUGGACUGCUGGCAAAAGGAGAGGACGGAGCGACCCAGCUUUAGUCAGAUCCAUUCGGCGCUCAGCAAGAGCAUCCGCUCGCCUGACGGCAUCGGGUCCUCUACGUUGGCACGGAGGACUCUUAGUUCAUCCAUAACACUAGCAGAGAGGCCUCUACCCACCUUUCCGUCGUUUAACUCGGUAGGAGAGUGGCUGGAUGCCGUGGACAUGGGUCGGUACAAGGACAACUUCACUGCCGCAGGGUAUUGCUAUUUGGAGUCGGUGGCACGAAUGACCGUGCAAGAUGUAUUGAGCCUGGGCAUCACUUCCAUGGAACACCAGAAGUUGAUCCUGGCUGCCAUCCAGACCCUUAGAGCCCAGGUCAUCCAAAUGCACGGGCGUGGAGUGCAAGUGUAAGAAACGGCAGAAGGCAGUGCCGCCGCGGGCUCGCGCACACGUGCAGAUGGCGGACGAUGGGGCAGAGACGAGGCAAGAGAGACACUGUCUUCCCGAGUGGCAGGAGGACAGAUAAAAGGACCUUGCGCUCUUCUAUUUCCUCCUCUUUCCCAUUCUUCCUCACGCCUUCCGCCAUUCCUUCCUUUCUUUAUACGAGACCUCUGGUGAUAGGAGGAUGGCAGAGGAGUGAUGUCGUGUAACUUUCGGUGACCUCUAUCUGCACUUUGACCUUCCCAAACUGUGUCGGCUCCGGUUCGGAAUCGGCGGCUGCAGAGAAGGUGACUGGACUACUUUUUUCCCCCUUUACCACAAUUAGUUUUUACUGUUUACUGGCCUUGAGUCAAGACUGACAAAAAGACUUCUCUGCUGGCUGAUUUCACUUGAAAUAUGAAGGGACAUCAUCUAAGGAUGUGAAAUUGCAUCACUAUGCCAGAAGUGAGCGCAUAUCAGAUGGUGAAAGGAUAUCGCCCAAUAUUAAAAAUGGCAGGCUUGUAAUCCGCAGACUCACAGCAGCAGCUGUCAGAAGUUAACUUCCAUUGACGGUGAUAGACGAACCAGAUCUGCUUUAAAAAUGAACUCUUUUUACAGUGAACAUCAAGUAACUUUGACAUAUUAGCACUUACACUCAAACUAACUUCCUUAUGUUCACACGACUUUCAGGUUUUCACAUAAAUUAACUCGUUGACUGCCAUUAACGGCAAGAGAUUGACCAAAUCAGCUUUAAAAAUGAGUCAUUUUAACAUUGACCGCUCAGUAACUUUGGCGUAUUACUACCAGAGGUGGGUAGAGUAGCCAAAAAAUUUACCCAAGUAAGAGUAGCGUUACUUCUAAGUAAUAUUACUCAAGUGGAAGUAAAAGUAGUCAUCCAUAAAUUUACUGAAGUACAAGUUUAAAAAAAGCAUUCGUUGAAAAGUAUACUGUUGUACCUCUACAUUUGAAUUUAAUUCAUUCCAGGACCUGGUUUGUAUGUCAAAAUUGUCGUAAAUCAAGUGCAAUUUUCCCCUUAGAAUACAUUAUAAUUCGAUUAAUUCGUUCCACAGCCCAACAACCUUUGCUAAAUCCAUAAUGAAUACUGCUGGUACAAUUACUAAUAGCUUUUACACAUAGUAAAACAAAUAAAUUAUAAUCACAAAUCAAUAAUAAUUGUUAUUAUAAUGUAACGAAUCUGGCUCUAAUGUGGUUGUGUUUUGCAUGCUGUUCCUGAACGUACCAUGUGACUGACCGUAAUAGAGGUGUGGAGUUUUUCUCUUUUCAUGUUGUUGGCGUCCAAAUUUUACGUCGGAUGUCGAAAGGAUCGUAUGUCGAGGUACCACUGUACUGAAUUAAUGAGUAACAUUGUGAGUAACAGCUUACAAUGUCUGAUUUUGUUGUUUUUUUUUGAUAAUAGUAUAUUUUUUUUGUCAGCACAAAUUAAUCUAUAGGAACUGUUAUUAUGAUAAUGUACGAUAAGUUAUUACAUGACAUUAUUAGGCCAAAAAUAUGACACAAAAAAUUUGAAUUCAGACCACAAAAACACUAUGAAACAUCACUUAUCCAAAGAGUUCCCUCUAGUGGAGAAAAAGCAUCGUUACCUCUGAUUGGUAUAAUGUAGUGAAAGAAUCUGACCUUUUGGCUAGAGAACCGCCGGAACUGCGCUAGCACAAUUCCAACCACCCGGGCCGUCGGAAUCCAGACAACCCGGCCAAAAGCCCAAACCCCGCACAUUCACCUUAGUCUUAACCCCUUGUACUGACUCAAUUUUAAAAGCUGGAAAGAGGCUUUAAAACACAAGUUGACAAUUUUUUUCCGAGUUAGCAGCAAUAAUACAGCACAGAGAGACCCAGGCGAGGCAAACAGGAUCCAGGGUCACCAUAUCACAAGUCAACAAAAGAUUCCCGAGAAAAAAAUGACAACAAUUAGUUAAACAUUGUUUUUUAAAGGCUCUGGUGAGGCGGGCUUUGAUCCGGAAGAAAGGCGUGUUUGGGCAUUGUUUAGGAUUAUUCUCCAUGUGGAUUGAGCAGGAGGGUUUCGGACAUUACUGUUUUCAGGGUAAUGAGAGUUGAGGAUUUUGCCACUUCACUACCACGUGAGUGCUGAGUGUCAACUUCCCAGUCGAGAGUUCCUCGUUAUCAGAUGGUCCUUGUGGCAAGAUAAGACGUCCCGCCAUUUGUUCUGGACUGUCCAGAAGAGCUGAUUGCGGGAUUUGGUCGUGCAGAUGUGGGCUUGUAGAUGUCUUGCCUAUCUUGAUCAGUCAACUGCAUGACGCGUGCGUUGGGCUUCCGUGGUCAGAAGUCGUCCUGUAUCUGUUCUGCCCUUCUCUGCCCGUUGUCUUGGCACUUCAAAUUCUCAUCAUUUCAAGGCCAACUGUUCAUAAAAUCAAAUAUAUUCUGCUUGUUUUUCUUAAACUUUGAUAUAAAUGCUAUUUAUUUUAUAUUGGAUGUGUUACAGUAAUACAAUCAGUCAAACAGUAGAAUAUGGAGGAAAAAUGUAACGACUCUUGCGUAGCCAAAAGUAGCGGAGUAAGAGUAGUGUUUCUUCUUCACAAAUCUACUCAAGUAAAAAGUGAGUUUUUCUCAAAAAGUUACUCAAGUAAAUUUAACAGAGUAAAAGUAACGCGCUACUACCCACCUCUGAUUACUACUGCAACCAUAGGUAGCAUGUAUGGGGCUCAAUUUCAGACGUUGUCAUUGUCGGCCAUCUUAAGCCAGGUAACAUUAAAGUCAGUGGAGCGCGUAUUAAUAUCACUAUCGAUCGUUCAAUUUUCGAGCCGGUUUUCGAGCAGCUCAAUUUGUAAUAAACAUCUGAGAUACAGUAAUUUUACUGCAUACUUAAAACUAAAUGGAAUGGACAUCUAUCACCAUCAGUGGCACUUAAACAUGAUCAUUCAAUUCCAGCUAUCCUCUUUCAAAUGGAUUUGAUGUCUAUCCCUGUCAAUAGCAGUGAAUGAGUUAAAACGGCUUGUCCAAAAGGGUUCAACACUUUAAUUUAUAUCACUGUCUGUUCCACUACUCCUUGUUUGAUUCUCCUUAUCUCCUUUUCAAGCUUGUCUUCUAUGCGCAAAUGAAAUAUUUGAGUUCCCCUUUUCACCUGGAUGUCAACUUGUAAUCUUCCCCUCCAAAAGUCUGGCUGGCUACCCGUAAGUAAAAACUCAGGUCAACUCUGGAAGAUGACCCAAAUCUCCUAUUUAUUUCUUUACAGUAACCUCGAGAGAUUGUUUUAACGCCGAGGUCAGGAUGGGUAAUUUAAAAUAUUUAAUGUAAUGUUAAAAAAAAAAAAAAGUUUGAUUAUAUGACUGAGGAGGAUGUUAGCUGUCGGCACACAGUAUCUGUGUAUUCAUGAACAGUUUAGUCUGUUACCACUGGAUGUGGCGUGUGUGAAUACAGUAUUAGAAUGUCAUAAAGAUGUUCUUUUUAUUCAUUUUUCACAAGUAUUGUGUUCAUUUUUACAGUUGAUUUGAAACUGCGAAAGUUUUAGAGUCAAACAAAGAAGAAAAAAUAGGACUACGAGAAUAAAUUCGAAAUACAAGAUUGGAGUCGUAAUAUUACAACAAUAAACUUAAUUUGAUAUUACUAGAAAAAAGCCCUAAUGUUACAUAACUUUAUGUAAUAAUAAUGAAAAUCGUAUUAACAGAAACAAGUCACGUAAUGUUACAUAAUUUUACAUAAUAUGGAAUUUAAAUCGUAAUAGAACAACUUAAAUCUCAUAAUAUUGGAACCAGUGUCGUUUUUGGCAGCCAUUUUAAUUUUCGUCUUGGUCAUAUAUUAGUCAUUUCAAAAUGUGCUCAUUUCCGUGUCGUUUUGGUAAACGAAAACUCAAAUGUCUCGUUUUAGUCGACAAUAACUCAAAAUGUUUUUGUCUGUAAAGUUCUAAAGUUUUAGUCAAAAAAUAAAUGGUUUAAUAAAAAUAAUAUAAGGUUCCCAACAAUUUCGAAUGAACAUUGACAUAUGAGCACAUACCUGCAGUCUAUCUUUGUGAUGAUAAUACACAUUCGGCAAGAAAACAGUACAUUAUUUUCAAUUAAUUAAACCCACCUGGACAAAACCUGGAAAAAACAAUGGUCCAAGAGUUUAAAAUGACACUCGCCAUGCUAACGCUAAUGUGAACGCUAUGCUAACGCUACAAAUUACAUGUAGUGUGUGAUGAUCACUCACCACAGACCAGUGUUCGAUGACGACAACGAAAAUAUUUCGCCAACAAACACGUUUUUUAUGACAAGACGAUAAUGAGCUAAGAAUGUGUUUUGGGACACUAAAACAUAACGAGACGAGUGCCAGUUUUGAUGAGACGAGACACGCAAUAGUUUCCGUCACAUGUUCACAAUGUGUGCUAUUUUAUGGCUAGUUAGCAUGUAUGUUAGCAGUGUCUGGUUGUGUCACUCGUGAUGUUCUGCCCCCGCACCCCCAAAUCACCAGUGUCCUUUCCUCUCAAUGCUUGCACACACGGUAAGAUUUGGUUUCUUAUCUUUGACAGAGAGAAUAUGCAAUGUUGCUUUAGCCUUUAAAGGUCUGUGCUGAGUGAUCUUCACACACUAAAUAUAACUUGUAGCGCUAGCAUAGCAUUCACAUUAGCCUUAUGCUAACGGCGAACAGCCUCUUAAACUCUUUACUUUUUUUUUUUUUUUUUUACAAACAGUUUGUGGCAUCCAGGUGGAUAUAAUUAAUUUGAAAAAAAAUAAUGUACUGUUUUCCCGCUGAGUGUGUAUUAUCACCAAGUUGGCGUCAUCUUUGUAGACUACAAUAUGUGCUCCUCUGUCAGUGUUCAUUCGAAAUGGUUGGAAACCUUUAUUCAUGUAUUUAUAUAGUAAAAAAUAUUAUUUUUAUAGACAAAAACUUUAGUAAACGUCGACUAAAACUAGACGAACACACAUUUUGUGAUGACUAAAAUAUGACUAAAACUAAAAGGUAUUAUCGUCCAAAAGACUAUGACAAAGGCGAAAUUUAAAAGCGCUGCUAAAAAAAACAACACUGCCACAGACCUAUUUUAAUUCGUCGGUCGCCGUUGUUGUUGACGUCGCAGGGCGGUGACGUCACAUGGCCACGCUGCCGAACUUAUACCGUAUCACUCUUUAACUAUGUGAGGUAGUGAUUUAAAUACACCACAAGGUGUCAAUGGCGAGUUUUAGAU